UUUAAAGGCGCUGGGGCUAACCAGACCGGAUUAACCAGAGAACGACAACGUCACCCCUGGGCCAACUAGAAUGUUUUUAGACAAACACGAGUGACGUCAUAAAUAAAACACCAAAUAUCCUGCGAAGUAAAUCGACAAAGUUCGACCAUGUCCACACCGGCCCGAAGGAGACUCAUGAGGGAUUUUAAACGGCUACAAGAGGACCCCCCAGCUGGUGUCAGUGGCGCCCCAUCUGAAAACAACAUUAUGGUGUGGAACGCAGUUAUUUUUGGCCCUGAAGGAACUCCGUUUGAAGAUGGUACUUUUAAACUCAUUGUAGAGUUCACAGAAGAAUACCCCAACAAGCCUCCCACAGUACGAUUUGUGUCAAAGAUGUUUCAUCCUAAUGUUUAUGCAGAUGGUAGUAUUUGUUUGGACAUCCUGCAGAACCGUUGGAGUCCUACUUAUGACGUGUCUUCUAUUCUUACCUCCAUCCAGUCUUUGCUGGACGAGCCAAACCCCAACAGUCCAGCCAACAGCCAGGCCGCACAGCUUUACCAGGAAAACAAGCGCGAGUACGAGAAGAGAGUUUCCGCCAUCGUAGAACGAAGUUGGCGAGACAGUUGACCUGGCUGACCUCACCCAGCCAAAUCGGUGUGUGUGUGUGUGCGCGCGCGCUCAAAAAGUCAGCCUCUUAAAUCUACUUACUUUUUUUGUUUUUAAGAUUUUUAUGCACUUUACCUUUUACUUCCCUUCAUAGAUCUGCCUGCCAAGAGGGAAUUUGUUUUUAUAUCUUAUAUUUUAGCCUUGAUUCUUGCCUUAUUUGUGGGCUCCAGCUUUACUUUAUCAUGCUUAAUGUCCUGGGUGCUUCAUAGAUGAUGUCAUCCCCCCCUCCCCUCCUGAGCAUUAUGGACUCCAAAAAUUGUUACACCAUGUUUUUCGUUGGUUUUUUUUGCAUGCGCGACCUGUUGGACAUCCAUACCUCCUUUCUUAAAAUACUUGUGUAUAUAAGAAACCUGCAUCUGAAUAUAUAUGUACAGAUUUUGCA